AUGCUGAAUGCCGAGCGCCGCCCUUCUAUGGCGGAACGUCGUCCUUCCUUCUUUUCUCCCGGUCCUGACGGCUCCUUACAAUCAACUUCCCUCGUUGUGCCACAUUUGGCUGGUAUCGAGGAUCCUUUACCGGAAACUACACCGGAACAAGUGGAUGUACUCAUUGCUGGUACCGGGUUGAUUGAAAGUAUUCUAUCUGCUUCUUUAGCAUGGCAGGGAUCCACCGUUUUGCAUAUAGAUUCCAAUAACUAUUAUGGGGACACAUGGGCUACAAUGACAAUUGAUCAGUUGAAGAAUUGGACAAAUCAAGUGAAUGAAGACUCAGACGAAACACGGUUUUACAAAGAUGCCAGACUCUAUGUCUCCGGGUUGGUAGCUCAGGGGAAAUUCAAAUCCAAGAAUUUUGGUAUUGAUUUAAGUCCCAAGAUUCUAUUUGCACAAUCCGAUCUACUCUCAGUUCUAAUUAAAUCAAGAGUACAUCAGUAUUUGGAGUUCCAAUCGUUAUCCAACUUCCAUACCUUUGAGAAUGAUAACUUUGAAAGGUUAACGAACUCGAAACAAGAAAUAUUUACUGACCAAACUCUUCCAUUGAUGACGAAACGCAAUUUAAUGCGUUUCAUUAAAUUUGUGCUAGAAUGGGAAAAAAGCACGGACAUUUGGAAACCAUACGCUGAACAGCCACUUGCUAGUUUCCUAGUCGAUAAAUUCAAGCUAGAAAAACCUCAAGUUUUUGAAUUAAUAUUUUCAAUUGGUAUGUGUCGUAAUCUGGAUACUAAGACACCAGAAGGUUUAGCAAGGAUCAGAAGAUUUUUAACUAGUUUUGACGUUUACGGACCUUUCCCAGUCCUAUAUUCAAAGUAUGGUGGGCCGGGAGAACUAUCUCAAGGAUUCUGCAGAUCAGCAGCAGUGGCUGGUGCCACUUAUAAACUCAAUCAUAAAUUGGUAUCAUACGAUCCGAACUCCCAGACUGCGGUUUUUGAAGACGGUUCAAGAGUAAGAGUCACAGAAAAGGUUGUCGCAUCCCCUACCCAACAUCCCCAGAAUGGCGGUAACAUUCCUCCCCAGAAGUACGAAGUGCAUAGGCUCACUUGUGUUGUGGAAAAAGACUGCUCACAGUGGUUCAGUGAAGGAGAAAGUGCUGCUAUGGUCGUGUUCCCACCUGAUUCAUUGAAGACAGGAAACGUUGAAGCCGUACAGGUGGUGAUUUUAGGCUCAGGAGCCGAAGUUUGCGAACCAGGUACUUGCGUUUGGUACUUCUCAACCACUCAAGCCGGUCCUCGAGGUGAUUUGGACCUUGAUGCUGCACUUGAAGCAAUGAUCAAUAGUAUUUUAAGGGAGUCCUCGGAUAUACCCAAUGAGGAUGAACUUGUACAAAUCAAUUCAAAUGGCGUUCCACUAGUCAACAGUGUAAAACUGGGACAGUCGUUCAAAGAACUCAUUUCAAAAGAACGGGUAAACUUCAUCAUGAAAUUGUACUAUACUCAAUACACAUCCACUCCUCCAUUUGAUAUUGUUACUCCAGACUUAUUUGAUUUGAAUAAAUCUAAAGAAUUUAUUCCUGGCGCAUCAGAUAAUGGAAUUCUUUAUACUUCGUUGCCAUCAGGAGAAGUGUCAUAUGAUGAAGUUAUUACUGCAGCAAAGUUCCUUUAUGAAAAAAUAGUAGGAAGUGAUGACGAUUUCUUCGACCUUGAUUUUGAAAAUGACGAACCAGAUCUAAAAAAUACCAAUAAAACAAUUAAUAGCUACGAUGAAAGUGCUAUCGCAGAUGAUGAAGAAGAUAUUCAAAUGAUGGACUCAGAGCCAGUUGAAUUUGCAGGCGAGAUGGAAAUAUGA